AUGCUGUGGGUGGCGCGGCUCCUUUCCGUGGCCUGCGUCUCUGUGGCAGCGAAGAUGGAGUACUGCACGCCGGCACUGUCGAAAUUCGACGCCAGCGGCAGCUACAAGUUCUGCUCCGCCUCCAUCCGCCGGAUGGAGCUGCCUGUGCUGUCAACCUUUGGCUGGCACAUGGCCGCCGUUACGCCCUUCCAUUACCUCCCCUGCUUCUCUUCCCGGUUUGACCGGCACGACAGCUGCGGCGGCUGUGGGCAUGACCCCGCCUGCGUGGCCCUCAAGUCCAUCGGCUUCAUCUUUGCCACAACCGAAGCCGAUAGUGUGCUGGAUUACAUGCCAUCUACUAUGGCUGCAGCUGCAAUCCUACCUGCAUCCUAUGGAGCUCUAAUGACCAAAGAAGCACUAGAACUUGUGGUGAAGAAGAGAAAGGCCGAGAAAGACAACAACAAGCCCAAGCGCCGUCUUAGUCCUCAUGUGAGCCAGAGAUUUGAUUUUUUGUUGUGGUUCGAUUCACGUUGUUUCUAUGGCGUGGUGACGCGUCCUGACCGGGGCCCAUUUUGGUUCUAUUUUUGCAGGGACAGAUUCAGGAAGGACUCCAACAUCAAGCAGGUCUCCAUGGUUUGCAAGGUUGAUGGGGGACUUGUGAUGCAGCACGCCAAGCAACAACAAGGGGAGGGCGUCUCUGAAAUGUCGCCGCUGGUGGUGAUGGAUGGUUGCUGCUGGUGGUGGUAG